UGCUUUUCAGGAGCAGCAGGACACGUGCUAUUCCACGGUGUGAGCUUUCGCGUGAACAAUAGGAAAAGAAAAGUUUUAUCGAUUCCGGAGACGAUGGCGUCGUCGCGAAUGUGGAUCGCACGCCUGGUGAAUUGAAUGUGCUGGUUCGAGGAUCGAAGACCAUCCAAUUUCGGUCGGUUCGGGCGAUAUCGACUUCCGGGAUAACCGUUUGAUAUCGUGUGCUCAAGAGUGAAAUGUGAAGCAUGAAUGUGACCUACACAGCAUACAAGGACUAUGCGUUGCAUAUACAUAGCGAGUUUGAUUUGGGUUUUUGAACUAUGUCUCCCCCCGGUAAGGACAGCCACGACCAAUUACAAGUAUGAGCCGGACUAUGAUAAGAACGUGAAACCAGGCAGCCUAACAGAUGUAUCCGUCUCGCUGUACAUUAAUCGCAUAUCGGGCGUGGAUGAGAACAAGGAAGAAAUUUCCUUCGAUGUCUUCCUGCAAAUUACAUGGGAAGAUCGACGUAUCCACCCCGUCCUGCCCAACAAAGAGGAACGUACUGGCGAGUAUGUAGAAUUGACAAAGGCCGACCGAGACAUGAUUUGGGUUCCGGAUCUCUACAUACGCCAGCUGAGGGAAAUGAAAAUGUUAACCUUGUUUGAAGAGAUAUCCAGUUUGCGUUUGUAUGAAAAUAAAACCAUCAGCUUAAGCAUUGGAGCUACCAUCAUCAUCAAAUGUGACAUGGACUUUGUGCUUUACCCAUUGGACGUACAAAGAUGUCCGGUAGAUUUCAGCAGCUAUAAAUAUCCAGUGAAAGAUUUAAGGUUCCGCUGGAGAUCGGAAAAUGCAUUAUCCUUUCCCAAUGACUUUGGCGAUGGAUUUUUUCGCCUCCCAAAGUAUGUGGUUUCGUUUUACACCGAGCAGGAAUCUCAGAUAGUCAAUUACAGCGAUGAUAAUCAUAGUUCAGCUAGAUUAGAAAUAACCCUUUCGAGGGAAGUAAAGAGUUACCUGUUGGAAAACUAUCUUCCAUCGACAUUGUUCGUUUCCAUCUCCUGGGGCUCGUUCGUGGUCGUCCCAGAAAUCGUACCAGGACGUAUGGUGCUGCUGGUAACGACACUGCUAUCAUUGAUCACGAUGUUCGAUACGGUGCGAAACAAUUCACCGGAUGCGUUGGAACUAAAGUGCCUUGAAGUGUGGCUCAUAUCCUGUACUUUGUUUGUGUUCUUUGCGCUAAUGGAGUACUUCAUUGUGCUAUUCGGCAUAAGAUACGAUAAGCACUGGCGGGUGGCUAAAGCUCAGCACGCCUCAUCGAUACCUCCUUCCAUAACGUUGCAGUCAGCGGUGACAAUGGCUCAAAGCACGAUGGAUACGUCGAUAAACUCCGCCUCGUUUCAGCGUGAAAAUGGACUUGAACAUACCACCCUGAAGGUUUCGGGCAACAACAAGAUUCAACCACACGAUCACCACAGCAAGACAACGUCCGCUUCCCUUAGCAAUAUACAAGACACUGUACAUAGCGCCCAAAAAGUGUCGUCUGUGAUGACAAGAAAAAGAUUUCGCAACGUCGCGGAUGUAGCGCUUCUGUACGCCGGUUCCCAACGCGGCCGAUUGGAUCAGCUUUCGUUGAUUAUAUUCCCUGUCAGCUUCCUUAUAUUCACCAUCUCCUAUUGGACAAUGUAUUUAACGGAAUCUAAGAAAAAUUUCAAGUAACAUUCUUCCUGCAGCAUUUACAUUAAAAAGCAAGCCCUAUAGUUGAUCUAGUAAUAAAGUGAA